GGAAGUGAUGGGUUCCGCUACAGAAUCCAAAUGGUUAAGAGCCACCACAGCCGUCGCGCUCGCCGCCCUCUCCGCCUCCACUGCACUUUCUCUGUAUUUCUUUAGAAGAAAAUCCAAGGAUCUCGACGCCAAGGUUAAGGAGCUCGAGAAAUCCCUCAAGGCCUCCUUGAAGCAUUGUGCCUCCGAAAGACAAGGUCGAAUUCGCGCCCAGCAGGCUUUGAGGAAAUCGCUGACGGAACCAAAGACUGAUGAUUUGGAGCUGACCUCUUACCCCAUGGCACCUAUUGGUGUCAUUCAGUCCUGCUUCUCUACCAGGAACGGGACACCAAGGCAACCAUUAAUUGUACCUCUUUCCAGGGCAUGCUUGAUCUUUAAUUCAGCCCGUGUUCCUCCAGCUUCGCUUGAGGGUCUUGGGGAUUACACACACUGUUGGGUUAUCUAUGUUUUCCAUCUAAAUACCAAUCUAGAGAAUCUUUGGAAGGAUCCAUCUAAAACAAAAUUUAAGGCCAAGGUGAGAGUGCCAAGACUAAAAGGUGAACGCAUGGGAGUCUUUGCCACACGAUCACCACACAGGCCAUGCCCCAUUGGGCUCACUGUUGCAAAGGUAGAGGCUGUGAAAGGGAAUAUACUUCUACUCUCUGGUGUUGAUUUAGUUGAUGGGACGCCCGUACUUGAUGUCAAGCCAUAUCUUCCUUACUGUGAAAGUAUCCAAGAAGCAGGAGUGCCAAAGUGGUUAACGGUAGACAGAUCAUUUUCAGUGGCUUCUAUUAAUUUCUCUGAGGGCUUCACUUCGACUCUUGCUCAAUGUUGGGCCACAACUGGUAAGAAUUCAUUGUAUGCAUCACCAGACGAGUUCCAAAACUUGUUAGAGCAGGUGCUCUCAUGGGAUAUUCGAUCUGUAUCUCAGCGAACACGACCUCAUGAGCCCUUCAUUACAUCCGCAAAUGAUAACCACCUGAAUGAUCUCUCAGAUGAAUACCAAGACGAAGAAUUUUCUAGCCCUCGAAAGGAGCAGCCUCCGCAGUCAUCAGGGGACAUAAUUUAUCACUUGAUUCUAGAAGGAUUGGAUGUUUGGUACAGACUCUGUGAUGGCAGUGUUGUUGUUGAGAAAGUAACCGAGGCAGCAAGCAUCAUUAAAAGUAAUCAAAAGCGGUGUAAUUACUCUUUAUGGAGAGAAUGACAACAAUCAGGUUACAAAGUUAUUCCAAUGCUUCAAUAUUUUGUUUUGUGCUAAAUAUUGUUAACAAUUGAUUUUACUUGAGAGACUAAUUUUAGUUGAUUACUUGAAUAUAAUUCUUCCUAUUUCUGUGUACGGAACUCACUUUGCCUUGUGUGGGUACCGUAAAUCAUUAUUUUCCUCAGUAAAUUAAUAAGUUCUAGCC